CCGCGGGCCGUGGGCGGGGCUAUAGGCGUGGUCAUAAGGGGGGCGGUGCUGCCGGCGCGGCCCGGAACACGCUAGUGGAGCGGAAGAUGGCGGCGGCAGCGGUGGCUGCAGCCGGGACCCUAGUCGGGUUGAGGCGGAGGAGCCGCCGGUUCUGACCUCGCUCUGGCUCCAGUGCGCGCGGCGGAGCGUGUGCGAGGCCCCGCGCGUCGGGCAAGGGCGGCGGCGGUAACUGCACGCCGCCUUGAGGAGCGUCCCGGCGGCGGCUCGGCUGCGGCUGAGGAGAGAGCCGGCUCCGGGCCUCCGCGUCCUCCUGUUCCCCGGGCCCCCCGCCUCCUCGGGGGGGCGGCGGCGGCAAUGUUCUCGGUCCUCUCGUACGGGCGACUGGUGGCCCGCGCCGUGCUCGGCGGCCUCUCGCAGACCGACCCCAGGGCCGGAGGCGGCGGCGGCGGCGGCGGCGGCGGCGACUACGGGCUGGUGACGGCCGGCUGCGGCUUCGGCAAGGACUUCCGUAAGGGCCUCCUCAAGAAGGGCGCUUGCUAUGGGGACGACGCGUGCUUCGUAGCCCGGCACCGCUCAGCAGACGUGCUUGGGGUUGCCGAUGGUGUAGGAGGAUGGAGAGACUAUGGUGUUGAUCCUUCUCAGUUCUCAGGGACUUUAAUGCGAACAUGUGAACGGUUAGUAAAAGAAGGACGGUUUGUCCCAAGUAAUCCCAUUGGUAUCCUCACCACAAGCUACUGUGAGUUGCUGCAAAAUAAAGUACCUUUGCUUGGUAGCAGUACUGCCUGCAUUGUGGUGCUGGACAGAACCAGCCACCGCUUACACACAGCAAACCUGGGUGACUCAGGCUUUCUGGUUGUCAGGGGUGGGGAAGUUGUGCACCGAUCAGAUGAGCAGCAGCAUUACUUCAACACUCCAUUCCAGCUCUCAAUCGCGCCCCCCGAAGCCGAGGGAGUUGUCUUGAGUGACAGCCCAGACGCCGCUGAUAGCACAUCUUUUGAUGUCCAGUUAGGGGACAUUAUCCUGACAGCGACAGAUGGACUCUUUGACAACAUGCCUGACUAUAUGAUCCUUCAGGAGCUAAAAAAGUUAAAGAAUUCAAAUUAUGAGAGUAUACAGCAGACGGCAAGAAGCAUUGCUGAGCAAGCUCAUGAGCUGGCCUAUGACCCAAAUUAUAUGUCACCUUUUGCACAGUUUGCAUGUGACAACGGAUUGAAUGUGAGAGGUGGAAAGCCAGAUGACAUCACCGUCCUUCUCUCAAUAGUGGCUGAGUAUACAGACUGACUCACCUAGGUGUCGACUCCUGCCUCCCCUUCAUCAUCCCAAAUUCUCCCCUGCCGUGUGUGCUGAUCCUGCUGGCAGGACCACGUCUCUUUGCCACUGAUCUCAAUGGCCAGUGAUGUAAACCUUUUGCCUGUCUUUUUGAGAUCCUUGUUGAGAACCACUACUGUCAUUCUACUGCUCAUAUCUGCCAGCAACAUUUGAAGAAAAUCAAGAUCUGAAGAUUGGCCUUCACAUUGUCCUUUCCAUGAUGGGAUGGAUGUUUUCAAAGCCAAAAUGACUUACUUUUUGAAAACGGUUGAAGUAUUGAAAAUGAGUAAUAUUGGUAAAGUGAAUUCAAAAUUACAGUGUGUAAAAGGGAUUUUAAAAGUCUGACACAAAUUGUAUGUUAUGAUACAUCUACUAGAAACAUGCUCAUCAAAUGAUGCGUUACACGUGUACUAUACAGUCUGUGUUAUGAUCGAGUGUAACUAUAUUUUCAUUAUAAACUCCUAUUUUUCAGGGGCUUAUAAUUUUGCUCUAAAACAUUGCUCUGGAUUAUAAAAUCUUGAUCCUAGGAGCCUUUUUUUUUUUUUUUUUUGUUGCAGGUUGGAAAGAAAUUCAGUUUAGUUCUAUGGAUGCAAAUGUUUCAUGGUUUUUAAAAGAUGCUUAAUUGUGCUCCUGUGAUGAAAGUUUUAGCAUUUUAGUGCAUAUCACAGGCUGGUGGCUUAUCUGCAGGAGGGGUUAGGGAGACUCCUUACCAGAAUUUUAUAAUGAAUAUUAUUCAAGGUUAUAAAAUUCCUCAAGGCCUAGGUAUUUAAUGUUGCAGCUGAAAUUCCUCCCAGCUGUCUGGUAUGAUUCCCCCAUGUGAGAGCUUGAGGCCCACAGGCCUGAAGGGUUGAGAAUAGACAGCUCUAACUUUGAAUUUUCUUGGCCUAUCAGGUCAUGCUACCCCUCAUGUCUUAGACCUGUCGCUAGUAGCCUUGCCUUCUGUAGACAAAUUCAGGGAGUCCAGGUGAAAGAGCAUCAUGGGCACAAGAGUCCACAAGGAAGAUGUCUAGUGAUGACCUGACAUUUGCAUUUGCCCUCCACAGAAACGUAGGAGUUUCCAAAUCAAGCUUAAUGUUUACAGUUUCCAAAUAGCCAUCUUGCAGUGUAUAGUUUUCCUAUAAAAUUACCCCAUAUCCAGUUUUUCCAUUAUCUGCAAGCUCAAAGUUAUUUUUAAGGUUUGUGUACAAGUCGACUGCUGUAAAGAUACAUAUUUUGGGGUCAGUUUUUUUCCUUCAUUAACUUGGUGGUAGAAAAAUAUAUAUACUUAGAAAUCCUUAAAUUAAAGCCAUGUUUUAUAUAUAAGUCAGGUAACAUUGGUGUAUAGAUAAGAAUGCAAUUAAACCUGAUGAGAAUCUACUGGAGGAGAAUAUAGACAGUCUCUUUCUCUAAAGGAGAUACUUACUCCCUGGUUUAUUGCAUUAAAACUUAUGUUUGAGGUUACCUCAACUUGUUUUAAAAAGAUUUUGUUUUGUGAAUUUGUACUGUAUAUUUGAGUAACUGUCAAGCUUGUUUUAUUUAAAAUUGUUUAACAUGUACCAUGUACAUGUCAUUACUAUAUUUCAAUGCAUCAUGCUUGUAACAGGCAUUUCAUUUAUAAUAAGAAUGAGUUAUUCAUUUGUAAGCCGUUCAGUAAUUUAUCUACUAUUCCUAAAUUGGCAUAAUGUUUAGAUACCUAUUUUGAAUCACCUUUAAUUACUUGUCAGAAUGCCUUAACUACCCUAACUUGACAAAACAGAAUUUGGUAAAGGAGAUCGGGGGGUGGGGUAGGGAGUGGAGAGGGACUGUUUAAAUAAUGAGAACCCAUCGUGCUGUGAUAAUACACAGACGGGUGAGUGGCAAGUGGCAGGGUAUUUAUUUUGCACAAACUAUUUGCAGUCUUUCUGUAUUUAAAAAGUAAAGAAAGUUGCAUCCAGAAAGGUUUUGUUGGAAGGAAUACAUUUACACUUGGACUGACAACUUCAGUUCUUUUGUUGGGUUUUUGAUUAUUUCUGGUCAGAGGCAUGGAGCCUUAUGACCCAGGUGUAUUCUGUAUUAGUUUUCCAUUGCGUACACUUAAUUCCUGGUAAGAGCAGUGCUGGUCAAGUCACUGGCUUUUCUCUGCACCCAUCUAAACUCAUCAAACACCGUCUUCAUAAAGGUAGAUUGAUGGUAUUUUACACAACUCAUUUAAUCAACUUAGUAUUUUUUGAGAAAUGAUUGUUAGAAAUUGACGACGUGUUUCAGUGAUGUUGAAAACAGUGGGACAAGAAUUGAGUUUCACAGGGGAAUUGACUUUGGACCUGGCCUGUAGAUUAGGGACACAAAAUAUUUUCUCUCCCCCCCCCCCGCCCUUUUUGUGUUAUGCACUUAAUUUUAUGACUUUGAGGGUCUGUUGGAGUGCUGUUUAACAACUCUCCUACUCUCAAUGGUCAGAGGCUUUGUAGGUACCCAUACUGGAAUUUUCCAGGCCGCAGGACCCAAGUCUUUGUGGGGCGUGCCUAACAUAUACCACUUGGUGGGUCUAAUUCUAAACUUGAUGUGUUAAUUGUACUUUAAGUCAAGCAGUAUAAACACACACAUUUGCCUCGUGUAGUGGACUUUUAUAACAAAAGAGAAUUUGGAUUUCUAAUUUACAAAUGGCAAAUUAUUUAUCCCUCUCUGGAUGCACCAAAGACCAGUAAAGUUUAUAGCUUUUCCAUCUAUAUUUAUAAAGCAAUACUGUAUUAUAAAAGUCAAUAUUUUUAUCACAUGCUUGAAAUUUUUAUUUUGUUCUGUUUAAAAUGUGCACUCUAAACAUAUCAGAACCUUAUUUCUUCCUGUGAACUUAGGCUGCCUGCGCACAAAAAAAAAAAAAAAAAAAUUACCGAACGGAUAUGCAGUAGAGUCCAUACGCUCUUAAAACUGAAGCAAGAAAUGAGGUUGGGAGAACAAGUUCUUUGUCCUGAAUUACUGUACUGGCUUGACAUGGUUGAUGGGUACUAAAUCACAAAAGAAUCCAUUCCAAUUGUGUAUGUCUGGGGGUUGGGCUGUGACUAGAUUUAGAAAAUAGACCUCAAGCUUUGCAUGGUGGGCAGGUAUCUUAUCCCAUCGGUUGCAUUUGUUCUGGAUAGAACAGUAGCCUUCAGUACCACCUUCAGUACCACCAACGUACCACAUCAAGUAACAAGGCAGGAAUUGUGGGAAUUCACUGAGUCAGUUUUGAGCAUUUUGGAGAUUGUAAACAAGAUUGGCUAGAACUGUAAAUGUUUGUACUUUUGAAUAAGUUCAUGGUUCCUUGUCACCUUAUACCAGCUAUCUUUGGUAGAAGCUACAGCAUCCAAUCUAUCACAUUUGUGCAUUUAACAAAUUUUGCAAUAGCAAAAAACCCAAAAUCUGCUUAUAAAACAUUUGGAACAGAAAACAUUUGGAUUCCACUUGUUUUAAAAAAAAAAUUAUUUGCAAAAUUGGUCUUAGUUAAAAAUCAGCAGUUGUCCAUGUCAAAAUUUUAACUGUAAGCAGGUAGUUUGUGGCAAAGAUGGCUAAACAAUGAAGCAAGUUUGAAUUUGUGUAUGCUAAUAAGCUGCUUUUUUCUGUUGAGACUAUCAUUAUUUGUCUUAUUACCCAAGAGGCAAUGACCUGAAUUGGAUGUCUGAAGUUUAACUUAUGCAGGAAUAGUUCUGUAAAUACAUUUAAAUAAACUGUAAAGAUAUUUAAUAAAUAUAGUAUUUAUACUAA